UCUCUCUCUCUCUCUCUCCUGAGAGAGAUGUUAUACAUGAGAAGUAUUUUCAGUAAAUGGUACUGACAUCCCAUACGUUUACGUGCCUCGUUUCUGCCUCUGUCUCUCUUCCUCUCCCAAACGCUCUCCCACCCAUAUAAGACCCCCAAAGGGCGUGAAAAUCUGGACAUUUUCUUUGGGGGGGAACGAAGAGAAGAGAAGAGGAGAGGAGAGGAGAAGAGAAGCAGACGAAAAUAUGGCCGCAGAGGUGAGCAUGAGCAGAGUGGUGGAGUUCGUGAAGAAGACGAAGAAGGACGACGAUAAACCGCAGCCAGUGCCGGUGCUGAUGCUCCACCACAACCCCAGUAAGGAAUCCACGCCUCCCAUGACUCGAGACCUGCUUGGCCUCGAGUUCCAGUCGUCCCAAGAGCUGGUUGACCUCGACUUGCACGUCCCUUCUGGCUGGGAAAAGCGCCUCGACUUAAAGUCAGGGAAAGUCUAUAUCCAACGAUGCAGAUCCCAAGCUCUGCCCUCCUCAUCCAACCACAAGCACCAACCCAUCAAUUCAGCACCUCCUCAGUUUCAGGACCUGAACUUCCCUCCUUCGCCCUCCAAACUUGCUUUCAACGGCUCCGACGACGCGUUCUUGGACCUCAAGUUACUCACAUCUUCUUCGCCAUCAACGUCCUGCAAUUACCAGAGCGUCUGCACUCUCGAUAAAGUUAAAUCUGCGCUCGAGAGAGCAGACAGAGAACUGGCCAAGAAGAGAUCUCCAUUUUGGAAAUCAUCGCCAUCCCCUUUGCAUUCGCUGACUUCAUCUUCGAUCAAGGAGACCCAAGGGGAGGACAGCAAUCAAGAGGUGUCGGCAUUUGCUGCCGGCUGCCCCAGCUGUUUACUUUAUAUAUUGAUCUCCAAGGACAAUCCCAAGUGCCCCCGUUGCAAUUCUGUUGUUCCAUUCCCGAGCUCAAAGAAACCUCGAAUAGAUCUCAACAUAUCAAUCUGAGAGAUGGAUGACCAGUUAAUGCUAAUGAUCAGAUUGUUCCCUUCCCCGACACCCCCCCUUCCCCCUCUUCUUCUUCUAAUUUUGUAAAUGAGAUUUGAGAGGUUUUCAAAGAUAGAUAGAUUUGUAUCAAGUAAAGUGUAGAAUGUACAUACAUUUUAGAGGGCACUGACCUCCUUAGUGCAGUACAGCUGAUGCCAGAUCUUUUCUUCUUCA